UCAAUUUGUUUAGUGAUUUUGAAGUGUUUAGUAUCUCGCAAUUAGAAAUUUUAGAAAUUAUGACAAUUUAAUUUUGCUGUAAUAUUAUUUGGCGACAAUCUUAGUAGAAUAAAUCUUUUGUAAAUUCAUCUUGAAGUUUUACAUGGAUCAAAUUUCAUGUUCUUUAUUCUAUUCUAAUUAUCACAUGGAAAAUCGACGUAUCAAAUAGACGUCAUUGACGAUGCUAGCUGAAAAACAUCCAUAUAAAAGUUGUACCCAGUAAUCCUGUGAUAACAGUCGGUGUACGGUAAUCAUGCACUUGAUUGAUAAAGUGCAAAGAACUAUCGUACAGACAGUUGCGUGAGGUGUGAUACUUCGAAUCUAAAAUGUUAUUUUUAAAAUCAUCACGUGAAUAAUGCUGACUCCUUCGUCUAAUACGAAGUGCUAGAUAGCUUAUCUGUUAAGGAACAAGUUGGAUUAGUUACUCAUCUUUUCUCACACGUAAAGGAGGUGUGCUAAUGGUACAGUAUCCAUCAGAUAUGGGUCAAAAUCCAAGCUUACCGAGAGGCCGAAGGAAGUCCCUCCGUUCUUCCUUUAGAAGGUCUGUCCAACCGAAGCAUCAUUUAAGCCAUACCUUCACAAUAAAUGACAAUGACGAUAGAAUAGAACAGUUGAAUAUAAAUAUAGCCAGUGAAGAAGAGCUAAUGACCCUGCCGGGGGUGAACCGUGAAAUAGCAAGGAGUAUAGUGGAGCAUAGAAAAGCUAUAGGUAGAUUCAGGAAAACUGAGGACCUAGCAUUAGUACGAGGCGUAGGAGCGGAUAAACUCCAAAUGAUCCGCCCGGAAAUAUGUGUAUCUUCAAGAAAAAACCAUAGUUGUGCAUCUUCUAGAGCUCCCAGUUAUGAUAGUUUGCGUAGUACUGACUCUCGGCUUACAGUGAAAUCCAAUAAGCUUAUUAAUAUUAAUAAAGCCACUGUAUUUGAACUUCAAACUGUCCACGGCGUCACACAAGAAAUCGCAGCUGCGAUUGUACAUUACAGGAAUAAAAGGGGACCCUUUCGACAGGUAGAGGAUUUGAAAAAAAUAAAAAACAUAGACCGCAUGAGGCUGCACAACAUAAGCAGAUUCCUUACUGUCGAAAAUUAUGAGAACGAUACCUCUGAAACGGAGGAGCCAAGACCAAGCAUAUUAACCAACGGAUAUACGAUGCCGUAUCAAAACGGCAGGUGUAGUAGCGUACCAUUAAAGUUACCCUUAACGAACGGCCUCACCCAUUCCUCAACAUUCGAUAUAUUCGAACUUCUGUCUGCGUACUCUCCUAGGCCUGUGCUUCAGGAAGAUUUUAAGUUCAGUAGGAAUGGUGAGCCGGCCAUCAGAAUGGGUUCUUGGAAUAUGCACGAGUUUUCGUAUGAGAAAGCGAACAAUUUGGGGGUUAAAGAGGUGAUUUGCAGGACUAUUUUGGAAAAUGGUUGGUCCAUUGUGGCUGUGCAAGACGUGAUGAAUGUGACCGCCCUUCGGACGAUAUGUGAAGAAUUGAACAAGCCCAGACUACAGAGAAUUAAAGAAUGGAGGGAUAGAAACCACAACUGGAAUUUUUGCAUGCUGGACGUUCAUGAUUCCAAGCUCGGAUUCAUAUAUGACUCUGAUGGCGUUGUUGAUAUUGACUUAAUAUCGUUAAACGAAGGUCCAGAGGAGACGAAGAGUGACUGUGAGGUGUUGGUGGCGACAUUCCGCGUUGGGGAACUGAAUUUGCAGUUGGUUAAUUUGAUGUUGAGUAAACAGGCUGACGUCAAAGCUUUAAAUAGGAAGAUCGCCGAGCUGGUGUGCGAGGGCGACAUGUUGCUGGUAUUCGUGGACUUGUCACUUGUUGACGAACCAGAGGGAUUCCUGUCCGUAGGGGACUUGAAACCAGUAUUCUCUCCCAGUACAAACACAAACUUCAUAUAUCCAAAGCUACCAACCAGCAUACAUAACACCACUAAUAUUUUGCACAACGGUAAACUGGAACGACAGCUCACCGGAGUGAAGGGUAUUGUCCGGCACGGUUUGACCCACCUGGCGAUCCCCAACGGGUGGACGUGGGGCGGGCCGGUCUCCCCUUACUGUCCCGUUUGGGUGGAGUUAUUCCUCGGUCCGAACCUGGGAACGGCUUUGUGAUAUUUAGUUUUAAUACACAUAACUGUAUUUAUUUUCGACUAUUUCUGUGUUACGUAAUUUAUUUCUCCGACCCUCCGUUGGGAUGUUGUGAUAUAAGGAAUUGUAGUAUAUGAUAUUAUUUAAAGCCAGGCUAUAUUUGUUAUUCCUUUAAUUUAAUUCGUUCGUAAAUUCAAUAAAUGUUUAUUUAUUUCAUAUAUAUUAUUUUUUUAAUUCGAUUUCCUCACGGUAUGUGACCUGUAAAAGUCAGGGAAUUCAUCUGUAGUUUGUUGAAGGUUAUCUAGAAAUGUGAUUAAUAUCGGAAGUGUCUGUUAAUCUCCACUAUUGAAAAUAUAAAUAUAAUAAAGACAUUUUUGAUCUCCA